AUGGAAGGAGGGGGGGGGGGGAUAAAAAGAGUAGCGUGGAAAAUAUGCAGCAAGGUCUGGAAGGGGGAGGGAUGGCCUGUAGAGUGGAAGGAUGGGCUGUUAGCGCCGAUAGUGAAGAAGGGAGAAGGAGAGGGAGUAGAGGAGUACAGGGGAGUUACACUCAUGCAAACGCUGUAUAAAAUCUAUGCGACAGAGCUGACGAGGGCCAUAGAGAAAGAGGUAGAAGAGAAAGGAAUGGUGCCGGAGAAUCAAACGGGAUUCAGAAGAGGAAUGGGAACAAUGGAUAACAUCUUUGUCUUAAAUUAUCUGGUGAACAGGCAGAUGAAGGAAAAGGGAGGCAAGUUGGUGGCCUGUUUCAUAGACCUGAAAGCGGCGUUUGACUCGGUGAACAGAAAGAGAUUGUGGGAGGCAAUGAAGGAGAGAAGUAUUUCGGAGGGGUUGAUUGAAAGAACGAAGGAGAUGUACAGGGAGACGGGAAGCAAAGUUCGCAUUGGAUGCAAGAUGUCGGAGAAGUUCUAG